CCCAGUUUUCUCAUCACCUCAUCGCCAGCUCACGAGAGACAGCGAUGCGAUCUGCGCUGUAAUCUUUCCUAUAUGAAUCUACUCGAAAGUUACUCUGAUAAAAAGAAAAUUGAGCAUUCAACUGCGCUGCCACAGGGUAACGACGGGAUCCCAAGUUCUUUAUAUUUAUAGUUUGUGAGCGUAUGUAUUCGUAAAUAUCUUUCGGCCGCGGAGCAAGAGAAGACAUGCCGCACGGCAGAUUUCGGCUAACUCCUUGCCGAAGGUGCACUACCUGGAAGUUACUGCGUUCAGUCUAAUAGAACCUAAACUCUCCGAAGCGAACCUGCACUCGGAAUAUUGUCUGCGCAAAUUGGUUAGCCGCUCAAACUGGUUACCCAAUUUAACCCAAUCUGUAUUCGUGCUUAAUCUUGCCUUCAUGAACCUCUGUCUCUUACCUAGUGCUUUUGUUCAAAGGUAGUAUUUUCCAAUCUGGCACAGGAGAUCAAAAUGCAUGCAGUGCCUGUUGCAUAAGUCUUCCGGCCACGGCGACAAUUUUAUGCGACAAAAAAAAAAAAAAGGAAGUGAGCUCACGCACACUGACAGCGACCUGUUAUCUGAAGCAAAGAGGACGAAACAGCGCCAGCGGUCAGACGAUGUUCGGGUGGUUAAGUUUGUCCAUUAAUGCAGGCCAUCCUGAGUGACGUACUUGGAAAGUCAAUGAUGGCAUCGGCCGAAGCCCACCACACUCUGUCUUGGGCGUCACCCAGAGGAAGACUAACAAAGAGCCGCACAACAUCGACAAGCACAACCUGAUCCAAGCAUGCAGCCGCUUUGCCUGCCGCUGCGAUGAAAGCGAAGCAAAAAGAGAACGGAGGGGGUGGUACGCAGAGGGAUCAGGGGAGCCCUCACCCAGGUCCUUGGAGUCUUUGCGCUUAGGCCACUGCGGUGGAUGAGCCGGGCAAGUUCAGCGAUGGUAGCGCCUACGGUAACCUAUGUCUCUCUAUCUAACCGUUGGAUCUUUGUACCAGCAUAAUGCUAUAAAUAAAGUAUUAUUUUAUUUGUUCUCGAAUAUCAAGUGCACUCUCUCAAUCCCUGCAUAUAUAGUCACGUCGCCUUAUGGCGUUGUGGCCCUGCUAUAGACUGCUUCUCGAGAACCUUGUUCUAUGCAACUACAGCGUCAAAGAGCAGCAUGUGCAGCCAGACAUCGUUUUUUAGCGUUAAGAGAAUUAGUGAACCGGAUAAUCGCCGAAAAAAGAAAACCUGAAACUCGACGCGAAAAAUUGUUCCACCGAGAAAAGUUGUGUGAAAGUUCAUCUAGAGCAGUAUUUUGCAGCAAAGGGCCGAACCUUCAGGUGGAAAUAAAAACCCAAAAUAGUACGCCGAAUUUUGGAGAAAAAAAAAAUAAUAAUAAUAAUAAUAAUAAAUGCGAAAUGCUAACGCAUUUCGCAUUUCGACCGUGUUUCUUUGAGGUCACGGAUAUAUGGUUUAUACCACGUUGACCACACUGCAAAGUGUUGUUCAGGAGCUUACUCGACACAUGUACAUUAGUGAAGCAUAAUAUAACAGGAGCCGGCACAGAAAAAGUUCAAAGAAUAAAAGCACGGAGGGAAAAUAACAGGACUUUACUGACGUUUCGGCCGCGGGCUGGCCGCAAGGUCAGUAAAGUCCUGUUAUUUUUCCUAUGUGCUUCUAUUUGAAAUAUAUAGGUAUAUAAUGUACUGUUUCCAGGUCACCGGCUUCCCACACUUCACAUACACUUUUUCUUCACUUUGACACUCCUAAUCCUAACGCAUUAAAAAUAAAAAUAAAGAACUUUGCACUCUAAUAACGAGCCAUGUAGUGACUAUUACUAAUGAUAAGAAAAGAAAGGAAGAAGAAACCAGGUUAACAGAAAAAAAAAAAGCAGGCGCAACGCAAUGACCGCAGCGCGGUGGGUCUCAAAGAGGACAAGGUCUCCAGCUCCUCGUACGGCGCGUCUGCUGUUUCACUCGGAACUCUCUAUGCUCGCAGCUCUGGCCGUGGUAGGUUUGGAACGCACAUUCUAGCCCGGCCGUGCACCAGACGACGCCGGGCUCGUGCGAGGGCCUUCGCUCCUCUCGAGGAAGGAGACGCCGCUCGCUCGAACGCAGAGCGACUGUCUAAUUAAAAUAACAAUAAUAAAGAGAGAGAGACAAAGAAUUGGGCGACGGCGGCGGGUGGCGCCACUUCGAAAGGUCCGCGGCAACGGUGGGAUGUGCUUUGGAAAAGAACGUGAGCUUCGGCGCCAUAGCUGAAAGCGCGUGUUGUGCAGAGAGGAAGAAAAUUUCGCCAAAGCGCGACCCGCAGCCCUAGCAGCAUUAUCAGCGCAGGUCAAUUGCCGGUGCUCGCUAUCCCCACGAGACCCCCGGGCCCAGUUGGCCAGAGGCGCGCGUCUCGCGAAGGCGCGGAUGGAAUUCAACUGGCGCCAGGAAGCCGACCAACCGACCAUGGACUCAGAGGACCAGGACACUGUCAGCUGCGCCAUCGAAGACGACGAGGUGUACCUAGUCGAUACCGACGAGUAUGCGUCGGGAGGUUUCAGCGUCAAUGGCAGCUUGGAGGACGAUGAUGCCGUUGACGGGUGCCUGCUCGAAGGACUCCAAGAUGGCACCAGCGACUGUUGGCUACAUGGCCGCCAGGCCAAUAUCAGCGAAAGCCUGCUACGUGCAGAAGAUCCCCGAAUUGUUUUCGGGGAAGACUCCCAGAACGCCGUUGUGCAUGUCCACUACGCGGAGGAGACGACCGAGUACGCACAGGAAGACAUGCAAGGUGCAGUCCUGGUCGGGGGUGAAGAACCUCAGUGCGCGUAUGUAGACCCUCUGGAUAAUGGAGAUUUCCAGGCAGUGGUGGAAGACCUUCCGGAGGAGUGCAGGGGCCUACUGAGAGCAGCUAUAGCAUCCUGGGGCAAGGCUAAAGACAUUAGACGCGAAGACAUUCGGGUUUCUGAAGAAAACAUCCAGCAAGCAGCUGAAAACCUCCAGCUAGCGGGUGAAAUCUUCAAGUUUGUGGGCGAGAUGUUCCAGUUCGCGGCAAGAAACGUCGAACUUGCUGCUGGAAGCCUCCAGCGUAACGAAGGGAACCUCCAGGACGCCGAUGGAGACCUCCAGGAUGCGGCUAGGGACCCCGAAGGUGAGCUUCGUCCUUCUUAA